AGCUGUGUUCAAAUUGAGUGUCGUUUAAUCCAGUGCGCAUGUUUUCCGCGCAGAACCUGAUCUCGCAAUUGACACCUCAAGUCGAAGUGAGCUCAAGGGUAAAUUUUUGCUUGUUUCCCUAGUGCUGACAAUGCGUGAGUGCAUCUCUGUGCAUGUUGGGCAGGCGGGAGUCCAGAUGGGCAACGCCUGCUGGGAGCUCUACUGUCUGGAACACGGCAUCCAGCCGGAUGGUCAGAUGCCGUCUGGGAAGAACCACGGCGGAAGUGACGACUCGUUCAACACUUUUUUCAGCGAGACCGGCGCGGGGAAACACGUCCCGAGGGCGGCGUUUGUGGACCUGGAGCCUACGGUUGUGGACGAGGUUCGAACUGGGACCUACAGACAGCUAUUCCACCCCGAGCAGCUGAUUACAGGCAAGGAGGAUGCCGCUAACAACUACGCCAGGGGUCACUACACGGUCGGCAAGGAGCUCAUUGAUUUGGUGCUGGACCGUAUCAGGAAGUUGUCUGACCAGUGUACGGGAUUACAGGGGUUCCUCAUCUUUCACAGUUUUGGUGGUGGCACUGGCUCUGGCUUCACAUCCCUGCUAAUGGAACGUCUCUCUGUGGACUACGGUAAAAAAUCCAAGCUCGAGUUCUCGAUUUACCCAGCACCACAGGUGUCGACUGCUGUGGUCGAGCCGUACAACUCCAUCCUCACCACCCACACCACCCUCGAGCACUCCGACUGCGCCUUUAUGGUGGACAACGAGGCCAUCUACGACAUCUGUCGCAGGAAUCUGGACAUCGAACGUCCAUCCUACACCAACCUCAAUCGUCUGAUUGGUCAAAUCGUUUCCUCCGUCACCGCCUCCCUGAGGUUUGAUGGGGCGUUAAACGUCGACUUGACAGAGUUUCAAACCAACCUAGUGCCCUACCCACGAAUACAUUUUCCCCUGGCCACGUACGCUCCCGUCAUCUCCGCUGAAAAGGCCUACCACGAGCAGUUGUCAGUUGCAGAGAUCACCAACUCGUGUUUUGAGCCAGCCAAUCAGAUGGUCAAGUGCGACCCACGCCGCGGCAAGUACAUGGCCUGCUGCAUGCUGUACCGUGGGGACGUGGUGCCUAAGGACGUCAAUGCUGCCAUCGCUACCAUCAAGACCAAGCGCACCAUCCAGUUCGUGGACUGGUGCCCCACAGGGUUUAAGGUUGGCAUCAACUACCAGGCCCCUACCGUGGUGCCAGGAGGUGACCUGGCCAAGGUCCAGCGAGCCGUCUGCAUGUUGAGCAACACGACGGCCAUAGCCGAGGCCUGGGCUAGGCUUGACCGGAAGUUUGACCUUAUGUACGCCAAGCGAGCCUUUGUCCACUGGUAUGUUGGCGAGGGUAUGGAGGAGGGUGAGUUCUCUGAAGCACGUGAAGAUCUCGCGGCACUAGAGAAAGAUUACGAGGAGGUCGGCGUGGACUCGAAGGACGCGGGCGGGGAAGAAGAGGGGGAGGAGUAUUAAAUCUACUGGAUCUACUUGACAAUCUACUGGAUCUACUUGACAGACUGAAUCUACUGGAUCUACUUGAAUACUUUAUUGAAUCUACUUGACAGAGAAAAUACAUGAGAUUGUAUCGAAGACGCUGUAUAGCUACUGUAUAGUUUACGAGUAUUAUUUUGUUAAAACUAUCUCAAUUGCUCA